AACUGGGCUCAGCCGCCCCACUCAUCAGGACUCAGGGCCUCAGGUUCAUCCCUCUCCUCUGUUUCUUGAGCCUUUUUCCCUUCUUCGGACUCUCUCUCCUCCUUGCUCUUCCUUCCCUGGCGGCGGCGAGCCGGUGACGACUGGGCGAGCGGCGGCGCCAUUUGUCGCGUCUUCGCCCAGCCCUUUGCCGGCGACGAGCAUCCUUCAGACCAUGGAAGGGGCUGAUUUCAAAGAGUCAGAAGCUGAAUCUGUCAUCAAAGUUGCUAGAGAGCCUGCCAUCAUUAUCAAUGGUGUUCCAGACUUGCCCCCUGAUUGCACUGCUGGUUCUCAACCUGAGGUACAAAAUGAUGCAAAAUCUCAAGUUGAUCCUCAUUUUGGUGAAUGGCUAGAAGGGAGGAAAGUGAGGAAGCUUUUCGGAGACACAUAUUAUGUAGGAAAAGUAGUCAAGUAUGACAGUGAAAGCAACUGGUACAAUGUCAUCUACAAUGAUGGAGACCAGGAAGAUCUUGAGUGGUGUGAACUUGAGGAGGUCCUGCUGCCGUUGGACAUAACUGUUCCACUCAAAACACUUGUUAUUGACAAAUGCAAACUUCAGGGAUCAAUUCCUGACUACAGCAGACCUAAGGUGGGUAGACCAAAGAAAGUUUAUGCUACAAUUGAUGGUGAUAGGAAGAGAGCGUCAAAUAUGGUUACAGAAUCCCAUGGAAAUGAUGCUAUGAAGAAUCAGAUGGCUAUAGUUGGAGUAGAAGGCCAAGGCCAGCAAUCAAAUAAUGAUGCAAUGAGUGGUCAGUUAGUGAUUGUCACAGCAGAAGGUCAAGCAUGCUUGCAGGCUAGUAAUCAAUCUAGAAAGAGGGGCAGGCCUCGAAAAGAUGGAUCUUUAUCUGCUAAUAGUCAACCUAAAAAAAGAGGCAGGCCUCCGAAAAACAGGGAUGCUUCCGGAAAUUCUCAGAGUGCGGAAAAUACUCCGGAUUCUCUGGCCAACAGCACCCUUCAGCGCAAUGCAAUGACAGUUCGGGCUGAAAAACUUAAAAGAGAAAAUUUGCGUGUUCAAGGCACACCAUCAGGAACCCAGAAAUUCUAGGAAACAAGUAGUUCCACUUCUCGAAUAUAGAAAUCUGUGAGCAUUUCAGAAUCUAUAUGUGAUGCUUACAUCUAGCUUUCAACCCAUAUUUUGUACAACCCAGCGAACAACAAAACUUGUAAAGCUAAGUCUGCUAUACCAAUGCUAUUGUAAUCUUUCCUAUACAAGUGUCUUCUGGUAUAUGUGGUCUUUAGAAGUUUUCCUUGUGGAAAUGGAACCUAGUCGUGGUUGUCUGGCUGAA